GAAAAGGAGACGUCACGGAACGUCGUCACGGUUUUGUUUUCCGUUCAGAUCGAGAGACGCGCCGACGUCCGCUGAUCACCGCCGCAAACUCCGCAGACUCCGCCGCAGCCGCUGGUGAUGCCGACGACGACGAUGACGACGACGAUGAUGGUGAUGGUGGUGGCGGUGGUGGUGGUGGCUGUGGUUGUGGGCCUCGGUGAUUCGCCGAUGCCAGCCGAUACGGAGGGAAUCCCCGGUCCAGAGGGAAUCCCCGACCUCGAGAGGAUCCCCGGUCCAGGGGGAAUCCCCGGUCCAGAGGGAAUCCCCGGUCCAGGGGGAAUCCCCGGUCCAGGGGGAAUCCCCGACCUCGAGGGAAUCCCCGGUCCAGGGGGAAUCCCCGGUCCAGGGGGAAUCCCCGACCUCGAGAGGUUCCCCGACCUCGAGAGGAUCCCCGGUCCAGAGGGAAUCCCCGGUCCGGAGGGAAUCCCCGGUCCAGGGGGAAUCCCCGACCUCGAGAGGAUCCCCUCCCUCGAGGGAAUCCCCGACCUCGAGAGGAUCCUCGAUUCCGGGGGCGUCCUGGCGACUCGCCUCUACGCCGAGCUGCGUGGGGGGAACGUCAUCGCGUCUCCCCGCGCCGUGCGGGGAAUCCUCCACGUGGCCAGACUCGCAGCCUCCACUGAUGCACGGCGGCAGAUAGACGCGGCCAUGGGAGGAGCUGAGCUCCGUGCGACCCCACGUGGUGCCCUGCCGGGCCUCACGUGGGCCACGGAGGUGUUCGUCCAGGGCGGCUUCACGCUGCGCGAGGCCUUCACGGCGGAGGCCUCGCGGAGAUUCGGCUGCUUGCUGCCCCGCGUCGACUUCGUGGAGAAUCCCGGCCUCGCGGCCUCCACCAUCAACACGUGGGCCUCCACACUCACCCAGGGGGGGGUGUCCCAGCUGGUGAGCGAGGGGGAUCUCUCCCCGCUGUCCCGCGUCCUCAUCGCGAGCUCCGUGGCCAUGCACGCCCCCUGGGCCCACGCCUUCACCCUGGGGCCCCCCGCGACCUUCACGCCUCCCGCGGGCCCCCCCAAACUCACGGACAUGAUGUUCCAGGAGGGCGACAUCGCCUACGGUGGGCGAGCUGCCACUGGGGGUGCCCCCUAGGCUAGACCCACACAGCAGUCAAUCACCACCACCCCUACUACUG